AUGAGUAAUUGGAAAGCUGAGAUUGAAUGGAAUGAUGGAAAAGUUGCAUUCCUUAAUAUUCAUGAUACUAUUGAAAAGGAAGGACUUACUUCGAUAAUAGUUCAAGAAAGCUGUAAACUUGAUCGAAUAAUGAUCAAAGAAUACUUCAACAAACAGUCUGAAAUGGAUGGAAAGGUAUUUCGAUAUUCAAGAAAACUGAAAGAAUCAGUUGCAAAGAUAAUAUCCGAUGAGACGAUGAAAUUUGCUGGAAAUGCUAAUGCUUCAAAAAAAGAAGUGGAAACCAUUGCAGAAUAUUUGUUUUAUAACGACAAACACCAAUAUACCGUGCUACAUAUAUUCAAUAAGAUUGAUUCAAUUCUGAUAUUGGGAGCAGUAUUGGCAAUUAUCAUCAGUUGUAUAAUGGUUACAGUCGAAGUUCGAUACUACAAACUAUAUCAAAUGGUCAAAAACAAGCCCGUGAGAUUAGUUUUAACUCAGCAAUUUCUGGAAAAAAUACAAAUUGAGCGUUGCAACGCUAGGAAACGUGGUUUGUUGUUUAGCAUAUAA